AUGACCGAUUUGCAAAGUAAAUUGAAUGAACUGGUUGGUUGGUGUAAGAACCAGGGAGCCAAAAUUGACUCGAGAUUGAAGUUCGAGUAUUCUGUCGAGAAAGGAAUCUACACUGUAUACAGGCCCAGCCAGGAUGAAUCAGAUGAAUCUCCAAAUUUUGUCGUUGAGAUCCCUAGAAAGAUGCUCAUUGUGCCUCAAACUGCCAGAGAUUUCUUUGAAAGUAUGGUUUUAGGAUUCCAUUCCGAGCUUAGUUCCACGGUUCUUUUGAAAGGUUACCUGGCUUACAAGUUGACCAGUCCUGAGGAUCUGAAAAACCCUUAUUUCCGACUUCUACCUAAACUCCGAGAAAUAAGAUCUCCUUUAACGUACAGUGAAGCCGAAUUACAACUCUUGGAAAAUACAAACCUCUAUAGAGGUACCCAGGUGAGGAUGGAUCAGUUGAAAACUGAAUACCAGUUGUUGAUGAAGGAUAUCGGUGACAAUGUUGAUCGUAUCAAAUUCGACGAUUUUCUAUGGGGUCACCUGAUCUUGUCCUCUAGAUCAUUUCCCUUUAAGAUUGUUGAUGAGAAUGCCGACCCACGGUCUGUCAUGAUGAUGCCAUUGGUGGACCUUAUGAACCAUGAACCCAUGGGAAGAGUUGCGUGGAGCUUCACUGGCAGCCAUUUUAAAGUGGAUGUUGAAGUCAGCAAUAUUGAAAUGAAGUUGGCCAAUGGUGAUGGAGAAAUUGAAAUCUGUAACAAUUAUGGACCGAAGGGAAAUGAGGAACUUCUUAUGGGAUACGGCUUUGUUAUUCCUGAUAAUAGUUUUGACUACUUACAACUCAGUUUGGGUAGAGAGUCCAUAUUGAAACUUACUGAAGGGGUUGACUUGAAGCAGUGGGGGGUAUCAAAGCUACCCCGAUUGGAUGAUUAUACCUAUUCGGUUGUGACUAAUGUGUACGAGGAUCCUGCAACGUUGGAAAGAUUAGGACUUCCUGAUAGGGAUGACGAGUUUGUGGUUUUCAUGUGCAAUAAAGAUCACUCUAUUCCUGAGGGACUACUUGAGUUGUUUGGAGUAAUUUGCAGAAACAGUGAAGAUGAGUUGCCGACCCUUAAAAGCCAAUUGAAUGGAAUUAACAAAUUGAGAGAGAGUCUUGAUACUAGAUUCAAGAACAAACUAGAUGUUAUGCCAUCAAAAACUCCUGAGAUGUCUUUACUAAACUUCGGGAACUGUAAAUACUAUCGAAAUGGACAACUGAAAGUGUAUAACUUGAUGAAAAAAGUUCUUAAAGAGAAAGAGAAGCAGUUGUUGAAGACUAAUAGAAAGAACCUUAUUACCAUAAAGGACGUGGUUCGUAAGGACAGUGAAGAGUUUGGUGCAUUUAUACAGCUUUAUCAACUUCCGGUGGAAAACUUGAACAAAUUUGAGAUGGAAUUGUUUGUUCAUCUAUGGUUGUUCAAAACGGUGAAUUACCAUUAUUCCUCAUCGGACUCUUCAGCUCUUCCCAUCAAAAUUCUUGUUGAAGACUUCAAACGGUUACAGAAAGGUGAAAAUCAUGUUCAGAAAGACCCAUUCCUGGUGGAUUUGUACGAACAGGCUAUUACCCCAUUGAGAAGAAACAAGGAUCUCAAUGACUUAAUUGUUGGUGACUACUGGGACCUCGAGUCGUUUUUGUUGGUUGAUAUUGUCUACAGAAGGCAUAGUUAUGAGAAGGGAUCAGUACUAGAACCUGUAUUAAUUAUAUAG